CCAGUCUAUUAAAAUGACAACUGUUAAAGUUAAUGGAAAAUGUUUCAAGGCUCUCAUUGACACCGGCAGUACACAAACGUUAAUGCAUCGACGGCACGUACCUGCCAACCAAAUCUCCACCAAAGAGACUGUUUCAAUCUGCUGUGUUCAUGGUGAUAAAAAACUUUAUCCCACAGCUGAUCUCUACCUGGAGAUUCAAGGACAGACUUACCUGCUAAAUGUAGGAGUUGUGAAUGACCUUCCUUUUCCAGUUGUUUUGGGUCAUGAUUUGCCAGUUCUCUGUGACUUACUGGACACAAGAGAAAGUGCUGUUGCGGUUACAAGGGCCCAAGCAGCAAACGCAAAUGAGAACUUGCCACUUCUCUCUGCUUUACCUUUCUAUGAAGCUGAGCUUGAGACAAAACCCGGGAAGUUUCGCAAAACGCGUAUUCAGAAAAGGCAGGAGAAAUUUAAACGCACUGUUGUAGAACAACCUGUUGAAACAACUCCAGAAAUGGGUUUGGGCUACAAUUUACCAACUGACAUAGUUGAAAUGCAACAAAAUGACCCAACGCUGUCUUCUUGUUUUAAGAAGGCAACAGAAAUGGCCGGGAGGUCAAAGAGGGAGUUUUUUGUGGACAAUGGAGUUCUUUACCACCAACAAGGUAAAUUGAAGCAACUGG